AUGGUUUACUUUUCAAUCCGCGCACAUUGCUUAGCUCACGAACGAGAAUGGACCAAAGAAUAUCUGAACAUCGUUGAUUUAAGACGAGACGUAUUCGAGCAAUUUCAAGCAUUGAACUUGAACGAUGAAUGUGCAUUGAUUGCUUAUUACAACGAAGAGGAUAAAUGCGAUCGAAUACUCGAUAGCUUAGAUAUUCUACCGACUGACAGAAAAACUGUUUUUGAUGUUUAUCUUAAACGAAUUUGGACAUGCUGUUGCAUUUGUUUUGGCCCGUUCGAUAUCAUCCCCAGUCGUCUUCCACUUGAGUGCAGUGAAAAAUCUUGUAAUAUACAAUAUUGUACUGCAUGUGUAGAUAUUAUUUGUGAAUUGCAUAAGAAUAAGAAAUUCACUUGUAUGUUUUGUAUGAAAACGAACGAUCGGCCACAACGAAAUAUUCUACUUGAGAAUAUUUUCCUUUGGAAACCCUAUACAAUGAGAUAUGGUGCGCAGAGCACCGAACGUUUAGAAACAAUUUUCAAUGGACCAAAUUUAUCGGAUGCCAUCCGUCGAAUUGAAUCACGGCGAACUCACAUUCAAGCAUUACAGAAUACUUUGGAACAAAGUAUGAAAAAUCUUGAAGACAAUGAACUAUCAUCCAAUGCUAAGACUUAUUUGAUGGAGGCUGAGCAAUUGAAUGAGAAAUUGACUUCAUUCGUCAAACAAUUAAGGUUAUGUGAGAGAAAUUUAAAAGGCGAAUCGGUAACUCUUCGAGGACUGACAAAUAGGUAUCGUACGUACUUGCGGGAUGGUUUUUGCAAAAAGCUUUCCAAACAAGAGGCAGCGUCAUUUAUUCUUCUAUGUGAAAAACUUUCAGCUUUAGAUCAUGAAGCAAUCGAACAAGUCAUGACAGAAGACGAAGAAACCAUCAUCAAUAAACCUAAUCUGAUCACUCUAUAUCAGGCAGAUCGAUUAAAAACCUUUGUUGUGAAAGAAUCUUUGGUAUUUGUAAAUGAUAUCUUGCAAGACAUAACUUAUCGACAAAAUAUUCUCGAUGACAAACUACAGUAUAUCUCUCACUUGUAUCUUAAUUCGGCAAAUCAUCCAUUUCGUACAUUUUUCUCCGAACAGCAUCAAAAUGGAAUAAUGAUGACGACAUCUCUGAAAGAUUUUCAGGAGAAAUUUAACCGAUUUCGUGAUAUUUACAAUGAAAUUACAGUUAUCAUGCGUCAAUAUCGAGAUGAACUAACGACAAAUACAAUAGAUCAACAUUUAACUGCAUCGUCAAGCGAACAAAUGGUAACAUUCGAAUGUUCACGUUUGAUACUUCUUUCUGAACUACUACGUUCGGAAACCGAACGUGCUAAUAUGAAAAUUAUCUUCCCACAAUUGGCCAAGCUGGCUCAUCAAUGGGAACAGAAACCAGAGAUUGAUCCUAAGAUCUACGAUUUAUUUGUGGCACUCGAACAGGAUCUGAUCAAUCUAUAUAAUCCACCUGAAAAGUUAAGAAAUCUGAUUCCAUUUCGAGUUGGAUUUAUUGGCAACAUCAGCGUAGGGAAAAGUUCUCUAGUCAAUCAACUGCGAAGUCGAAAUUUAGCUUUCUCAUGUUUAAAUCAAACACUAUCGCCUACAGCUAUCGGUCAAUCGACUACAGGUUCUCUAGAGUUUAAUGAACAACAUCGAUGUCCUACGACCAACCAUGUGGUUACCAUUCGUUAUGUGGAUAUCGAAGGCUAUUCUGAUUGUAAUACACAAGUGCAAGCCGCGUCAUAUUUCCAGCAGAUACAGAAAGCUGAUUGUGAUUUAUAUCUGAUUUUAUUUACUGGUCAACAAAACAGUUUCGAACGUAACUUAGAAAAACAAAUCAAUGAACGUUUAAAUCGGCCAUGUUGGUUUGUUCGGUCAAAAAUUGACAAAGUGUUUGAAGAACAUUUUCAAGAACAGCUCACGCGACGAAAACUUGAUUAUCCAGAUAUGAGCUUUGAUGAAAACGAAGAAAAUGAACUUACUGAACAAUUAAUUGAAAUGAUUCGAGAGGAAACUAAUGAAAUAUGUCAAACAUUGCCUUCUCGAAUCUUCCUGGUCAACUCUAUCUGUUCGAAUGGCAAAGAAAACAACGAUAAGCAGUCUCAGAAGAGCAACUACUCAUUUGAUUUAGAUAUUCUAAGCGAACAACUAAUUAGCUUUGCUGAAAAAAUUGACAUAGAAGAACGUAUCAAACGAAUGGCUGCAAUGACAUGUAGUCGUAUCAUUGGAACUUGUUUUCGCCAACGAUGUUUUAUCUCAUUUAUCAGCCAUCAACUUCGUGCAGGUAUUGGUGCAGCAUUAUUUCCUUGGGGUGAUCAAAUCGCACUUGUUCAUACACGUUUUGGUAUUCGUACAGCGAUGGGAGUGCAAGAUCGAUCAUCGUUAGUUAGCCGCGUUUUGAAAAAAGUUGACACUUUGGAAAGUUUACUUCUCAAAUAUCAGUUAGGUAUUUCUUCGAAUCAACUGAAAUCUGAUCAAUUUGAUUAUUUGAAAGCACCAAAAUCAAUAUCAUUGGUCAAUAGUGCGAUAUCGGAUCAAGCUGAUCAUCGAACAACAAUACAGUUUGGACAAGAAGCAGAACGAAGCACAUCAAUACGCACAACAUUAGCUUCAGCUGCACCGUCCGGUGCAGUAGUUUGUGGAGUUGUAGGACAAAAAGUGGCAGCUGCUACUGUUGCUGUUGGAUCGUUGAGUUAUGGGGUUGGCGCCGGACUUUUAGGUUUAGGUCUUCUUGUUUCGAUUCCUAUUGGUGUUUGGAAAUGGAAAAAAGCUGGCAAAGAAAUACGUAAUUAUUUGGAUGAUAUUUGUUCGGAUUUAUUAGUUAUUUCAGAAUAUUUCAUUGUUGCGAUAAUCAAUUCACAAAUAAAUAACAAAGAAUGA